GCAGGAUGCAGCCCCGGGCCCUCCUCCUCCUCCUGGCACUGCUGCUGCUGGCGGCCACCGCAGAGGCUGUCAAAGCCAAGAAAGAGAAGGCAAAGAAGGAGGGCUCCGAGUGCCAGGACUGGCGCUGGGGGCCCUGCGUGCCCAACAGCAAGGACUGCGGCCUGGGCUACCGCGAGGGCACCUGUGGCGAUGAGAGCAGGAAGCUCAAGUGCAAGAUCCCCUGCAACUGGAAGAAGAAGUUUGGAGCUGACUGCAAGUACAAGUUUGAGAGCUGGGGAGGGUGCAGUGCACAGACGGGUGUGAAAACACGCUCGGGCAUCCUGAAGAAAGCACUGUACAAUGCCCAGUGCGAGGAGGUGGUCUAUGUGAGCAAGCCCUGUGCCGCCAAGAUGAAGGCCAAGGCUAAAGCUAAGAAGGGCAAGGGAAAGGACUAGAGCGGGGUGGAUGAUGUCCUCAUCAGUCCCGGACACAUGUGCCUCUCCCACCACAACGAGCCACACUCCAGCCUUCUUCCUCUCCUUCUCCUCCUCUUCCUCCUCCUCUCCUCACCUCCGCUGCCACUGAGAUGCCUUGUUUAAUUGCUAGUUUUGUUGAGAGCAGGCCAACUGGCCCUGGGAAGUUGCUGCCACUGCCCUGGGGGCUGCUGCAGCCACACUGACCAUUGCUUUGAGUGGUGCCGACUGGAUGCUCUCACCUCUUUUGGGAAAAGGGUUUGGGUUUCUUUUCCAAUAAAAAUCUUUUUAAAAAA